CUGGGGUGUCAUAGGGAAGAGACAGAUCAGUCAGGAAGGCCUGGGGCUGAUAGCACUGGCAGGAAGGAAUGCCACUUCGCUGAGUGAGUGUGGCCCAGGGACACGUCACGCCCCGCCCCCUGUCAGUCAUGGGGGUGUGGCGGGGCCUCUCCAGCCGUCCUUUUCCCCUGCCCAGCCUGGCAUCAGCACAGUCCACACUCAGCUCACCUUGUACCUGACAGGCCUCAGGACAGCAGGGAAGGCAAUGGAGACUUCAGGAUCCUCCUCCCAGACUCCAGACCACAGUCAAGUCCACGGAAAUACAGAAGAUGUAGUCUAUGGAGAGACAGAUUUCCACAAGCAAGACAGGGAGGCUGGACUCUCUCCUCAAAAACAGUAUAAGAGAGACAAGUCUUCUUCCUCCUCCUCUUCGUCUUCCUCCUCCUCUUCCUCUUCAUCCUCGUCCUCCUCUGCUUCAGAGAGCAGUGAUGAGGACCAGCACCCCAGAAAAACCAGGAAACAUCGGCAGAGUCGGGGGGCUGGACACUCCCACAGGGGCGGCUCACCGGGUGCUGAGCAUGCGGAGCCUGACCUCUUGAAGGAUGAGCUUCAACUCUACAGAGGUGCUCCUGGGGAGGUGGUGCCCUCUGGAGAGUCAGGACUCCGAAGGAGAGGCUCAGACCCAGCAAGUGGAGAAAUGGAGGAGGUCUCUCAGUUAAGAAGACUGAAUAUAAAGAAAGAUGAUGAGUUUUUCCACUUCGUCCUCCUCUGCUUUGCAAUUGGGGCCUUGCUGGUGUGUUAUCACUAUUACGCAGACUGGUUCAUGUCCCUUGGGGUUGGCCUGCUCACCUUCGCCUCCCUGGACAGAGUAGUCACCUUUCGCUUCUUGUCUGGGCAGUAUACCGGAUCCACCGAGUCCUGCAAGGCUUCAUCCCCCUCUUCCAGAAGCUCAGGCUGAUCGGGUUCAGGAGGACUGACUGAGGCCAGUGCCCGGCGGGCAGCCAGGCCCAGCCCUAGUGUGACCAGCGUGGCAUCCGAAGCACAGAGCGACAUUCUGGGAGACAUGUGGGCAGGCCAGGCUAGAGCAAUAAAGAGAGCUCUUUUCCUUCCA